GAGCGCAGGGACCACGAUUGUCCGGCCCGAGCCGAGCCGAGCCGAGCCGAGCGGAGCCGAAGCCGGGCGGGAGCCGUGAGCUUGCUUCCCUGUGUGAGCGCGGCCCGCCGUCAGCGCCCCAGGAGCGGCGAGAUGCUGCUGCGCCCGUGACUGCCGUGGGCCCGCCCCUGUCACCGAGUCCGGGGGGAACCGAGCCGUUCGCCCCUGAAGACGGCCCCCGCAUUCGCCAGCCCGCCGAGGACACCAUGAGCUCCGGCCAGCAGCCGCCGCCCCCGCGGAGGGUCACCAACGUGGGGUCCCUGCUGCUCACCCCGCAGGAGAACGAGUCCCUCUUCUCCUUCCUCGGCAAGAAAUGUGUGACUAUGUCUUCGGCCGUGGUGCAAUUGUAUGCAGCCGACCGGAACUGUAUGUGGUCAAAGAAGUGCAGUGGCGUUGCGUGCCUUGUUAAGGACAAUCCACAGAGAUCAUAUUUUUUAAGAAUAUUUGACAUUAAGGAUGGGAAGCUAUUGUGGGAACAAGAGCUAUACAAUAACUUUGUAUAUAAUAGUCCUAGAGGAUAUUUUCAUACCUUUGCUGGAGAUACUUGUCAAGUUGCUCUUAAUUUUGCCAAUGAAGAAGAAGCAAAAAAAUUUCGAAAAGCAGUUACAGAUCUGUUGGGUCGGCGACAACGGAAAUCUGAGAAAAGACGAGACCCCCCCAAUGGUCCCAGUCUACCCAUGGCUACAGUUGACAUUAAAAAUCCAGAAAUCACAACAAACAGAUUUUAUGGUUCACAAGUCAACAACAUCUCCCAUACCAAAGAAAAGAAGAAGGGAAAAGCUAAAAAGAAGAGGCUCACCAAGGCAGACAUUGGCACACCAAGUAAUUUCCAGCAUAUUGGGCAUGUUGGUUGGGAUCCAAACACAGGUUUUGAUCUGAAUAAUUUGGACCCAGAGCUAAAGAACCUUUUUGAUAUGUGUGGAAUCUCUGAGGCUCAACUUAAAGACAGAGAAACAUCGAAAGUUAUAUAUGACUUUAUUGAAAAGACAGGAGGUGUUGAAGCUGUUAAAAAUGAACUGCGAAGGCAAGCACCACCACCUCCACCACCAUCGCGGGGAGGGCCUCCUCCUCCUCCCCCUCCUCCACAUAGCUCAGGCCCUCCUCCUCCUCCUGCCCGGGGAAGAGGUGCUCCUCCUCCCCCACCUUCAAGAGCUCCUACAGCUGCCCCUCCUCCACCCCCUCCUUCCAGGUCAGGUGUUGUUGUCCCUCCACCUCCUCCCAACAGGAUGCACCCUCCUCCACCACCAGCGCUGCCCUCCUCAGCACCCUCAGGCCCACCGCCACCUCCGCCUUUGUCUGUGCCAGGUUCCAUGGCACCACCCCCUCCACCACCGCCCCCACCUCCACCAGGGCCACCACCCCCACCUGGCCUCCCUUCUGAUGGUGACCAUCAAGUUCCAACUCCUGCAGGAAACAAAGCAGCUCUUUUAGAUCAAAUUAGAGAGGGUGCUCAGCUCAAAAAAGUGGAACAGAACAGUCGGCCGGUGUCCUGCUCGGGAAGGGAUGCACUUUUAGACCAAAUACGACAGGGUAUUCAGCUGAAAUCUGUAUCUGAUGGCCAAGAGUCUUCCCCACCCACACCUGCGCCCACUUCAGGAAUCGUAGGUGCAUUGAUGGAAGUGAUGCAGAAAAGGAGCAAAGCCAUUCAUUCUUCAGAUGAAGAUGAAGAUGAUGAUGAUGAAGAAGAUUUUGAGGAUGAUGAUGAAUGGGAAGACUGAUUAUAUAUUAUAUAUAUAUACAUAUAUAUAUAUAUAUUUUUAAGGUGAAAUACUAAACACUACUUUCUGUCUAUGAAUUCUGUAAAAUUAUCAUGUAAAUGUUCUACCAAUUUGCUGUAUAUUUUUGUUGCCUUUAUUGCUUUUUUUAAUUAAUCUGUGCAAUACCUCAUUUAAUCUGUAAAGUUUUGUCAUAAUCGUAUACACAGCUACUCCCUGUUCUUGUGCACAAGUUGACACCAGGAGGCUCACUUGACUUGUGAAUAUCUCUCAUUCCAUCCACAAGGGAGCUUAAAUAUUGUCUGUGAGAAUGACAAAAACCUUAAUGUAAUUUAGUUAGAAUGUCAGAAGGAAAACACUAUUUUCAUACCCGACUUUUUCUGUACCUAAAUUUUCUUAUUAAAACCUAGUAUAUAGCACUACAUUCUUUUUCAAGUGACACAAACUUUAGUUUCUUUAGUCCCCUCAUUCAGAAUAUAAUGCCAUGUGAAUGUCAAAGCUCAUCUGCACAGUUCUGUAGACACUGGUGCAGUUUCUCAGAUUUUCACAAUAUGUUCUGCAUAGAAUCACUACCGAGAGAGGAAUGGCGAGAAGCAGUAGCACUUCUUCUAGAGCAGCAUGGCCGGCAUUGCCACGCAGUGUGGUUUACAGAAGGAAUCGAGAGGAGCCCUCACUCACGUGCCUGUGCUCGACUGAGGUCGUAUUUAUGCUAAGCAAAUGUGGCAGGCUCUUUUUAGCAAAAACUUAAAACUCACUUUGGUUCAAAUCUGAAAAGUUAUUUCAAGUAGUGUUUUGGAGAUAGCUUCAUCCAUCAGAAACCAUUAUGGUUAUAUCAUCAUUUGACUAAAAAUAUUAUCAGCACUAUUACGAUGAUAUGGAACUAACUUUUUAUUUUGCAAUUUGAAUGAGUUGAGUUAUUCUGAAAUACCUGAAAAUCAGAUUUGUUGUCAAAGGUGUGUGCUGUAAUGCUUAAUCUAACAAUGCUAUUUAUUUUUAUUUUGGUAACUUCACAAGGGUUUUUGUCAAAUAUCAGAUAAAGAGUUACGUUUUUAUUAAAAGAUUAAUAGUCCCAGCAUCAAAUUUCUUGGAACAUGUAACUGAUUUGAUAAAAUCUUUUAAAAUAAAAUUUUACAACCUGCACAUUUGUUAUGCAUACUAAAAUGGUAUAUUAAAAUUAGGGUUUCCUUGCCUCUUGUCAAUACACUAAUCUGCCUAAAGGUGGUUGUUUCUGUUUACAGUGCUAAUGACCUACCUGCUUUAAAUUUUGGGUAGAAAAUUAUCUGAUUUGAAUACAGGCAUAUUUUUCUCACUUUGAGUCAUAUGCAGAAUGUAGUUCCAAAUGUAUUUCAUUAUUAUAGUCACCAUAUUCAACUAAAAAUUAUGCUAUCUAGAAAUGUACUGGCCAAAAUCUAGUAUUGGCAUGAUCUUGACAGGCUGGUCCUGCAAGAUGUGGCUUGAAUUUUAACCAGUUUAUCACAUAAUCUCCAGUGAUCAUGCAUCUAGUUACCAUGAAGAAUAAUUUAAAAGGUUUACUUGCUGAAAGCAGUGAAGUGGUACAGUAAAAUAGUUCACGUUCGUCAGAGAAUGUCACCUUCCUUGCAAGGGUAAUUUAAGCACAGGGGAAAGAUUCUAGAUUUUUGUUUCCUGUAAAAACAGUGCUCUUUGCUGCUAGAAACCUCCUUCUGCUUACUGUCAUUUUUGUUGUGGCUUGAGCUCAGUGAGUGGUGUGAGUGAGGCCAAGUAGGUACAAACCAGUAAAAUUGGGAAUUUGUGCAAAUGGCAAAUAGUAAGUAAGUUGUAAUUAUUUUAAAUAAAUAACAUGGGGCUUUUCCAAAACCCUUCUUUUGACAUUAUUUUAAUAAACUUAAAAUUUUUUAAAAUGCUUUUGAGGUAAUGCCAAUCUAAGAUUUCCCUUAACUUUUAGUCAAGUUUGGGAUUUUCUAGCUACCUUUGGUAUUUACUGAGAGUUUCUCUAAAGAAACUUUGAGCUAUAAACACAACAUGCAAGAUGAGUACCUAAGUUGCUAAAGGUAAUUGGGUUUAUUCUUUCUUGUGAAGAGGAAGAGUUUUUGUUUGCUAUUGCACAAAGUCUGAAUUGCUAUGUGGUUGAAACCCAGUGGUUGUGGAUUCGGUCCAGGAGACUAAGUUGUCUUUACCAAGUUCUAAGUUGCAUGGUCAGUCCUCCACCAUCUUGUACUCUGGGCAGCACGGUACCUGUGCAUUGUCUGAAAGCCUCGCAUAUAUACUCCAGCUAAAUGAUUGUCUGGUAGCCUUUGCAUUUAACAAACUAGCAUGAGGCCUUUUAUAUCUAAAUGCUACGUGAUAGACAAUUUCAACUAGCCACAUAUUGUAUUAUGAAAUUCAUAAAGACUUUCAAUCAUUCAGUUCCAUUUAUCAACUGAAAUUCUGUUUAGUAUGUGAAUUUUUUUGAAAUGUAUAGUAAAUAGGAUGUUGCACUGGUGGCAAUUAUCAUGGAACAUAAUAAAAUUAAUUUGACCCAAA